GUGCCUUCGCUGCCGGGAACUCCUCCCCUUGAGUAAAACCCUAACGGUAGAACCCACAUACUGACCCACGCCUCUCCCCCACGGCCAAGCAUUGUCUAUCACGAAAAAUGGUUUUCUUGAAGGUGGAAUUGAAACGAGACGUAGCAGUCCCUCCUGACCAACUCCAUCACACAGGUCUUCUUCUUCGUAAAAAUAUAAUCCUCCGCCUCCUUGACAACAUCACUCAUCUGAAAGCAUCCAAGGAACACGGCUACUACGUCGCAGUCACGACUCUCGACUCCAUUGCAGAAGGUCGAAUUCACGACCUUACCGGCGAAGUGGUUUUCCCUGUUUCCUUCAGCUGCACCACUGUGAGACCUCACAAGGGUGAGAUCUUACAUGGCACCAUUGAUAAGGUUCUGAAGCAUGGAAUAUUUCUGAAAUCUGGACCAUUGGAGAACAUUUUUCUGUCAGCAAAGAUGAUGAAAGAUUACAAAUUUAGGAUGGAAGAAGAGGCAAUGUUUGUGAAUGAGAAUCUGCAGUCAAAAAUGGUGAGAGGGAGUAAGGUGAGGUACAGAGUUCUUGGGAUUAAGUGGAUUGAAUGGGAUAGAUGUUUUCAGAUGCUGGCAACUCUUGCAGGAGAUUUCCUUGGACCUAUUUGAGUUUAGGAAGAUUUACAUGCAUACC